AGAUCUUGAACAGUGAACACAGAUCGAUCAUCUCCAUCCAUGAUCCAACCCACCCUUGAGAUCUAUGGCCAUUAGUCUUGCAAGCAGAGCCUCUGUUCAAUUUUAGCUCCAUUUUAGAGACCUUCCCACUUAUUAGUACUAUAAAGUUAUGAUGAGAGUAGUCUCUGAGUCUGCUCUCAGCUUAUGCCUAAGUUUGUUGCUGCUUGUUUUAGCCAGUGUUUCAGCUGAGCUUCAAACUCAUGGCAAUGAAGUCAGGCCAGCGUGGUUAUCCCCUCCACCGGGUUAUGGCUAUGGAGCUCCUCCUCCAUCGCCUCACCCUUUGCCACCAAAGCAUAAAUGGCCCCCUAGAAAGCCACCUUGUGCAUCACCACCACCAAAACACAGGCCUCCUACACCAUCUUAUCGACCACCAACCUAUAAGCCUCCUAAGGCCCCCUCGCCUUCUCCUCCAGUGAGUUCACCACCUGUUCAGAGACCUCCUACACCAACGCAUAAGCCAUCACCACCACCAUGUCCUCCAACUCCAACUUAUCAACCUCCAGCUUCUCCACCACCACACAGAUAUCCUCCCCCUUGUUCUCCUCCAAAGAGGCCACCUCCAUCACCAACUUAUCAGCCACCUCCAACGCCAACUUAUCAGCCUCCAGCUUCUCCACCACCAUGUGGAUAUCCUCCUCCUUGUUCUCCUCCAAUCAGGCCACCUCCAACACCAACUUAUCAGCCACCUCCAUCACCAACUUAUCAGCCACCUCCAACGCCAACUUAUCAGCCACCUCCAACGCCAACUUAUCAGCCUCCAGCUUCUCCACCACCAUGUGGAUAUCCAACUCCUCGUUCUCCUCCAAUCAGGCCACCUCCAUCACCAACUUAUCAGCCACCUCCAACGCCAACUUAUCAGCCACCUCCAACGCCAACUUAUCAGCCUCCAGCUUCUCCACCACCAUGUGGAUAUCCAACUCCUCGUUCUCCUCCAAUCAGGCCACCUCCAACACCAACUUAUCAGCCACCUCCAUCACCAACUUAUCAGCCACCUCCAUCACCAACUUAUCAGCCACCUCCAACACCAACUUAUCAGCCACCUCCAUCACCAACUUAUCAGCCACCACCAUCACCAACUUAUCAGCCACCACCAGUACCGACACCUUCUCACAAACCUCCUCCAUGUCCACCUACCCAAAAGCCCCCUGUCGGACCACCGCAAACACCGCGGACUCAUCAAUCCCCUCAAUCAUCUCCACCAGCAAGCCCUCCUCCAAUAUAUGGGUACCCUCCACCACCAUAUAUACUAGGCUAAUUAGUCGACUAUAUGGUACAAUGUAUGUUUAUUUAUCUGUGUCUAUGGAGUUAGUUUCUUGUCAGGCUACAAUGUUUCUUUAUCCAUCUGUUCGUGGCUAUCCCCAUUGAAGCAUGCUUGUUGUAUCAAGAAUUAAAUAAAACUAGUUGCGUAUGGAGGGCUAUAGUAAUUUCUA